AAUGCUCGGAGGAAAGAUUGUGCUAAGCAGCGCGGCUGCCUUGCUUUCAGCUACUGGAGCAUCUGCUCUUGUUCCAGUUCUUGACAAGAGACAGUAUUUUCCCGCCAAUGCCACUGGUCUCAAGACCAUUACUGUGUGUGCUAAACAACACGUUUCGUUGAUGGUGACUGACCUUGAUGAUAGNACUCCUACAAAUGUGACCAUUCGCUACAAGGAGCCUGGCAAGGAGGGCAUCUGUGAGACCACACCCGGUGUGAACUCGUACUCUGGAUAUAUCGAUCUUGCUCCUGAUAUGCACACUUUCUUCUGGUUCUUCGAGUCCAGAAACGACCCAGCAAAAGAUCCCAUCACAUUGUGGCUCAAUGGAGGUCCGGGAAGUGACUCUCUUAUUGGUCUGUUCCAAGAACUAGGUCCUUGCAACGUCACCGCCAAUCUCACCACUCAGGUCAAUCCCUACAGCUGGAAUGAGGUAUCCAACAUGUUGUUCCUGUCCCAACCAUUUGGUGUUGGUUUCCAGUUAUCAGGGAGGGAAGAAAAGGGUUCUUUGAACCCUGUUACUGGCUCNUUUGAGAAUGCCACAAUGGCCAACGCUACUGGCAUCUACCCUGUUAUCAAUGCGACCGAAAUCGACACUACUGACCUCGCAGCUGUUGCAGCUUGGCAUGUUCUGCAAGGGUUUCUCGGUGCCUUGCCUCAACUCGAUGCUGAGAUCGGCAGCAACAAGGAGUUCAACCUCUGGACUGAGAGCUACGGUGGUCAUUAUGGUACGACCAUCUUUUUCAACUACUUCAAUAACCAGAACAAGCUUAUCUCCAAUGGAACCAUCCCUGGUGUCAAGCUCGACUUUAACACUCUUGGUAUCGGAAACGGAAUCAUUGACGAGAAGGUUCAGGCCCCUCACUACCCAGAAUUCGCUGUUAACAACACAUACGGUAUCAAGGCAGUCAAUGACACUGUCUAUAAUUACAUGAAGUUCGCUCUGACCAUGCCCAACGGAUGUCUCGAUCUGGUUGACUACUGCCGUCAAGCCAGAGAGACCGGUCAAGACAACCUUGCCACCAAGACUCUCUGCUCCGAAGCUCAAGACAUGUGCAGAGACAACGUCGAAGGUCCCUACUACAGCUUCUCCGGACGUGGAACAUACGACAUCAGACAUUCUAGCAAUGACCCUACUCCUCCUGAGUACUUCGCCGAUUUCUUGAACCUUGCUGAAGUUCAAAAUGCUCUUGGUGUCAGUCUCAACUACACAGAGUCCAACGACGAUGUCUACUAUGCAUUCCAGGCCACAGGAGAUUUUGUCUACAACAGCUUCCUGAAGGAUCUUGAAAACUUGCUUGCACAGGGACUUCGUUCAAACAGUGACGCCGACUACAUCUGCAACUGGUUUGGUGGACAAGCCAUUUCGCUCGCCGUGAACUACACGCACAGCAAGGAGUUCGCCGCCGCAGGCUACGAGCCCUUCACCGUCGAUGGUACUGAGUAUGGAGAGGUCCGCCAAUACGGCAACUUCAGUUUCCUUCGUGUCUACGAAGCCGGACAUGAAGUUCCCUACUACCAGCCUCAGGGUGCUCUUGCCCUCUUCAAUCGUACCAUCAACCACUGGAAUAUUGCGGAUGGCACUGAGAUGGUUACUGCCAACUUGACUAGCUAUGGCACCCCCAACGCUACUCACACAGAGUCGUUUGUGGCUUUGCCUCCUACCUCGACUGCUAGUGCCAGUGCCAGUGCCAGCGCUUCCACUACUGGUGGCGCCGUGCCCCAACUGUGGAGAUCU